UUGAGGAGCGGGAACGUUAGUAAGUGGUCGGCCCGCGUUCAGGUGCACUCCGUGUCUCUACGGCAGGCUCCCCGGCGACAUGACGGGGUACACACCGGAUGAGAAGCUGCGGCUGCAGCAGCUGCGGGUGCUGAGAAGGCAAUGGCUGAAGGACCAGGAGCUGAGCCCUCGGGAGCCCGUGUUGCCACCGCGCAAGAUGUGGCCCCUGGAGGCGUUCUGGAAUAACUUUCUGCGGGACGGGGCCCCGUGGAAGAACAUGGUCUUUAAGACAUACCGGUCCAGUCUCUUUGCCGUUUCUCAUAUACUUAUCCCUCUCUGGUUUAUUCACUAUUAUGUCAAAUAUCAUCUAGCUACGAAACCAUAUGCCAUCGUUGCCACGAAGCCCAGAAUAUUCCCAGGUGAUACAAUUCUGGAGACUGGAGAAGUCAUUCCACCAAUGAAAGAUUUUCCUGAUCAACAUCAUUAAAGAGCACUUAAAACAUAAAAGACUUGUGUAACAGCAAAAGUUUUCAUGUAGUGCGUAUUUACUGAAUCUGUUUCCUGUAAAAAUAACUAAUAAAGCUUAUUCUCAGA